AUGGCUGGGAGAAAUGAUGCUGCUCUUGCUGCUACGUUGCAUACUGUUGUGCAGGCAGUGCAGAAUAACAAUCAGAAUGCUGGAGAUGUUGAAUUCCGUAAUUUGGAGAAGUUCCAGAGUAACAAGCCGCCUACAUUUGAGGGUACUCAUGAUCCAGAUGCUGCACGGAAAUGGCUUAAGUCUGUUGAGAAGAUAUUCAGGGUCAUGGGAUGCAAUGAAGCUCAGAAGGUACAGUUUGGUACUCACAUGUUGGAGGGUGAAGCUGAAGACUGGUGGAAUAACAAUCAUCAAAGAUUGGAAGCGGCAUGUAGUGCUAUUACCUGGACGGUGUUCAGGGCUGAGCUUCUGGAGCGGUAUUUUCCAGAAGAUGUUCGUGGCAAAAAGGAGAUUGAGUUCCUGGAAUUGAAAUAG